GCUCUGCUUACAGCUUCCAAAGGAAUAUUCUCAACGGAUUCACGGUCUGACGUCUGACAUCAAUUUCUUCUUCAUAAGCACACAAAUGUACAAAUCAUUACGUCUCGGAUUGCUGCGGCAGUUGGAGUUGUACAGGCGCCGUCGCUCACCGAUUGCCGGAAAGGAAAUUCCUUUUGUUGAUGAUGUAGUAUUCUGGUUUGAAUCUCUUGGAUUGUAGAGGGAUUAACAAACUAUGGAUAGACUUGAUGGACCUGCGCGGCUCAUGAUAGUUUCGGAUCUUGAUUACACAAUGGUUGAUCAUGAUGAAGCAGAGAACCGUUCGCUUCUUAUGUUUAAUGCACUGUGGGAAGCUUGUUACCGUCAUGAUUCUUUGUUAGUGUUUUCUACUGGAAGGUCUCCAACAAUGUAUAAGCAGUUGAGGAAUGAGAAGCCCUUGCUGACACCAGAUAUAACCAUAAUGUCUGUGGGAACUGAGAUUGCGUAUGGUGAUUCAAUGGUACGAGAUGAUGCCUGGGAACAAUACUUGAAUCAGAAUUGGGACCGGGACAUUGUCCUUGAGGAAACAGCCAAGUUUCCUGAGCUUAUCCCUCAGUCAGAUACAGAGCAACGACCUCACAAAGUUAGCUUUUUCAUUGAGAAGGCUAAGUCAUCAGAAGUGAUCAAGCUUCUCUCAGAACAUUUAGAGAAGCGUUGGUUAGACAUAAAAAUUAUUUAUAGUAGCGGGACAGCAUUGGAUGUAUUACCCAAAGGUGCUGGAAAAGGACAGGCUCUUGCAUAUUUACUCAAAAAAUUCAAAGAUAAUGGAAAAUUGCCACUCAAUACACUUGUUUGUGGUGAUUCUGGAAAUGAUGCUGAACUAUUCAGUGUUCCUGGAGUAUAUGGUGUUGUGGUCAGCAAUGCACAGGAAGAGUUGUUACAGUGGCAUGCCGAAAAUGCAAAGAACAAUUCUAAUAUAAUCCAUUCAACUGAGAGAUGUGCAGCCGGAAUCAUUCAAGCCAUUGCUAAUUUUAAUCUUGGCCCAUUCCUGUCUCUGAGAGACACUAAAGACUUUAUAAAUUGCAGAGCAGAAAGCUUCAGUCCUGGUCAUGAAGUGGUAAAGUUUUAUUUAUUUUAUGAGAGAUGGCGACGUGCUGAAGUUGAGAAGUCCGACCACCAUAUGCAAUCGAUCUUUUAUUCAUUGGGUAUAUUUGUUCACCCUUCUGGAAGUGAGCAACAAUUGCACAAGUGCAAAGAUAUGAUGGCAAGAUUAUAUGGAGAUAAGGAAGGAACACAAUAUCGUGUAUGGGUGGAUAGAGUUUCAUCUGCACAGAUUGGUUCAGGUGCAUGGCUUGUGAAGUUUGAUAAGUGGGAAUCAAAUGGGGAAGAGAGGCACUGCUGUAUAACAACAGUCCUACUUAACACAAAGCAAGCUGAGGCACCAGAUGGUUUUGUCUGGGUCCAUGUUCAUCAGACAUGGUUGGAUGGUUGGCAAGCAAAAGAUCAAGCAGCUUGGCUUUUCUAGUUUGCUGGAAUUUUCUUUCUGUGAUUGAUUGUUGCAAGGACAUACCUGCAUCCUUUUCUAGUUCUUGUUGGCAAAACCUGCAGUCUCAUGGUUUUCUGCCGUAUUCUAGUUCUGAAUGACUGUGCUGAACAGAUGAUUACUACUCUUACUUUUGUUUAGAACUUACCAAAAACAUUUCCUUUAAGAGCAAUCUUAACUUCUUCUUUAAAAAAUUAAUUUUAUUUUU